AUGAAUGCAUCAGUGACAAUUGAAGGAACGUCUGCUAUGUAUAAACUCCCAAUUGUACCAUUAAUUAUGGGAUCACAUCCAGUUGACAACAAAUGGACUCCCUCCUUCUCCUCAGUUCCCAGUGCCAACAGUGUUGAUCUUCCUGCUUGUUUCGUCUUGAAAUUUCCCCAGCCACUUCCAGUAUCUAGAGCAUUUGUUCAGAAAAUGCAGAACUGCAUAGGAAUUCCAUUGUUUGAAACUCAGCCAACUUAUGUACCCCUCUAUGAACUGAUCACUCAAUUUGAACUGUCAAAGGAUCCUGACCCCUUACCUUUGAAUCACAACAUGCGAUUUUAUGCU